AUGGAAGCUGUUCCAGAUCAGUUCAUGGAAUUCCACCCUAUCCAUGGGACUAACGUGCAACUGGACUACUCAGCGACGCAGGCCACGCGGGUGGAGAGCUUUGCUAAUGGAGUGUGCUUCAGCAAACAACCCCUAAAACCAGGAGAGAUUUUCCUUGUUGAGAUUGAGGACAAAGAACUAGGCUGGUGUGGCCACCUUCGGAUAGGCCUGACAGCUAGGGACCCCAGAGACUUGGAGGUGGUUCCUGAAUACUCCAUCCCGGAUCUGACUGACCUGGGCGACAGCUGGGUUUUCGCCAUCACACGUAACCACAACAAGGUUGCGGAGGAGGUCGAAAACGUCCAAGAACCUGGAGAUGGACUACUUGGAGGUCAAAGACUGGGGCGAGGAGAGGUUGAAAAUCAGGAUGAUGCAAUCAGCAAACCAAAGACUUUUUUCACAGAUUCUCACUUGCACAUCGGGAAUGUACGGAUCCCGAGAGACAAGCUGGUUGGCCGCAGUCGGCCUGGGCGCUUCAGCCACAUUUUGGAUGACUUGUACAAGACCAACGCUUUGCCGCCCACAGCCAGACGCAGCCGGAUAGGGGUUCUGUAUGUACAAAAAGGCCCUGAUCUAGGUGACAUGCAUAUCAUCAUUAAUGGGGAAGAUAUGGGUGCUUCUGCAAGAGGCAUCCCCACCAUAGAGCCACUUUAUGCUGUCGUGGAUGUAUUUGCUGCUACAAAGUGUGUGAGGAUUGUGCAGGUGGAGUAUGGAUUCUCCUCCUUGCAGACAUUGUGCAGGAAAUCCAUCCAAAAGCACAUUGUCCACAGAAUGGCAAUUGACUGGCUGGAGCUACCAGAGGCACUGAAGCGCUUUUGCAAGUACGAGUGA